AUGGAGUAUGGGAGGGAGGUUCUCGCGAGAAUCUCCAACCCAAAUGCUGGCCAUCCCCAAUAUGUUGUGGCCAGUGAAGUCGCAACACUUGAUUUUCUCUCAUCACAAGGUAACGCGGUGGGUUCCGAGUAUAUUCUUAUAGAGAGAGUGAACGGACGGCAGCCAAGCGAGGUUUGGGAUGCCAUGUCCGAAGCUCAACCCUUCGGUUUAGUGAAAAGCCUAGUCGCUAUUGAGAAGAAACUGGCAAAUGAGGCUGAAUCGAAUUUCGUUAUUGGCCUAACAACCCAAUGGUCCUUCUGGGAAGACCAAAAGCAAGAAGUAAACAUUCAUCCGGGGCCCUGGCAAACGGCUCAGGAAUACAUUUCAUCCAUUGCAAAUCGUGAGUUUGCUGUGAUUCGAAAUUUAGACACUUCUACACUUUUGGGAAAGACAACGCUAGGACGUGAUAUGCAUGUGCAUCUUCUUGCACAGUUUCUACCCGUAUUAGCUCACAUACUACCCCCAAAAGAAGCCCUUCGACCGGUUCUACUGCACUAUGGUCUUCAUUCGGAUAAUAUAUUUGUGGGUUCUUCUGACCCGUCGAAAAUAUCAGGUAUAAUUGAUUGGCAAGCGACUAAAUUACCGGAAGGUUCCAAUACUCCGUCACAGCCAGAGAACGAGUCUGCCAAAGACAAGCUUAGCAGGCUUAGGUUGAAGAAGUUCUACGAGUUAGCCUCUAGAAAGUUUAACCAACCUCUUAUCAAGGCGGUGGAUGCUAUGAGAAACGAUGAGGAUCAAGUUAUGGCGCGGAUAGGUGUAGCGCUGCCAUGUCCCAUAUCUUUCACUCAAGAGGUGAUCGAGAAGCGUAAGGAGCAGAUAGAAGCAUGGGCAGGCGCCUAUGGUGAAUUUGACAGGCUUCGAGCAAGCAUCGUUGGUAACGAUGGCUGGGUCUCAACCGAUGAAUACACAGAAGCUAUGGGUAGGUGGAGGAAAAUAGAGCUGCCUUAG